AGAUUAGGGAGUAAAUAUCAACAGCCACUGUACACGUUAUGACAUAGACUGCUAUCCAUUCAUUUAAACUCGCCGAAUGAAGAGUGGUAACAUACCACCUCUGCCGUUUGACGUUUUAUGAGAGGAAGCUCAAGGCACCUGUUGCAGCCAUGCCUGUCUCCCUGCUGUGGGCGGUGGAUGUAUACGGACGGGUCUACAGCCUGUCCACAGUGGGACAGCAGUGGGAACAGUGCCGCGAUGCCCAGAUGGAGUUCAAGCGGGCGACGGCAGCUCAGCAGUGCUGCUGGGGCAUCGGGUGUGAUAACAGCAUUUACCUGAACGUCCAUGCUUCUGACCUGCCCGUCCGCUACAAAGAGGAGACCUAUGAGAACCAACGUUGGAAUCCUGUCGAUGGUUUCUCAGCACAUUUGCUGCCAAGCGACCGCUGGCAGUGGAGUGAUGUCACAGGUCUGCAACACCAGCCUCUGGACAGCUUCCAGCUUCCUUCCAGCAGCUGGGAGUGGGAGAGUGACUGGUACAUUGAUGAAAACUUUGAGGGUGAGCCUACAGAGAAGGGGGGGUGGACGUAUGCCAUCGAUUUCCCCGCCACUUACACCAAAGACAAGAAGUGGAACUCCUGUGUCCGUCGCAGGCGAUGGCUUCGCUACAGGAGGUACAAAGCCAUGGACACCUGGGCUAAGAUCCCCUCACAGCAGACGACUCUACCAGAUCCCUUCAGUGAUAUCAGCUGUGGAGGUUGGGAGAUCAGUGAGGAGCCCAGAGGACGGCUGUCACUGUGGGCUGUGUCCCUACAGGGCAAGGUGUGGUUCAGAGAGGGAAUUUAUCAUCAUAAUCCUGAGGGCUCUUCAUGGGAUGAGGUCCCUCUCCCUGGAGAGGUGGUCCAGAUCAGCUGCGGGCCAGGGGACCUGGUCUGGGCGGUGCUGUGGGAGGGACAGCUCAUUGUUAGGGAAGGCAUCAGCCGAGACUGCCCCAAAGGUUCUUCCUGGGCAGUGGUGGAGUCUCCGAGCCUGGAGGUUGGGGCCAUACAUGUAGCUGUGGGAGUCAACGUUGUUUGGGCUGUGACCAAGGACAAUAAAGUGUGGUUCAGGCGUGGUGUGAAUUCUCACAACCCCUGCGGUUCCGGCUGGAUCAGCAUGGUUGGAGAAAUGAUUAUGAUCAAUGUGGGACUCAACGAUCAGGUGUGGGCUAUAAGCUAUGAGGAUCGGGCCAUGUACUUCAGACAGGGUGUGACCUCUAGUGAACUAAGUGGUAAAACAUGGAAGGUCAUCACUGUUCCCCGAGAUGGAGACCGAUCCCACUCCAGCGCCAGUGCAACCAGCCUGCAGAGUGCUGGAUGUUUUUUCUCUGGUGAGGUGCGUGCUCAGUCAGUUGGAAGUGAUGCAGAAUCAGACAUCGGGAAAGCUUCUGCAGAUGGAGCCAGCGGACAUGUCACAUCUGCCUCCCCAGAGCUCUUUGUUGAUGCUCCCACAGACCCCUCUCCUGACGCCCCCAAACCCCGCAUCCCCAAGGUCACCAGUGACAGCUUCAUCUCCGAACUCGUCUCUGAUCGAGAAUCAGGGAAGACUUCAAAGCAUGUUGGCUCAGCCGCUCCAGCUGUCUUGGAAGAGGAGGUCUUACCCCCAGAAGGAGAGGUCAAAGUUCCCUGUGCCGAUGUAGCUCUUUCUCCUAGCCAAGCUGGGGGCGGUUUUCCUGGUCCCCAAUGGAGUAAUGUAGACCUGGAGGAGGCACACAUGCAGCAGGCUGAGACUGGAGCUGUGCAGGAUUCAGCCGACACCUGCAGCUUGUCUUCUGUAGCCACCUACACCCUUGCCAUGGAGGACCCAUAUGGGGCAGAUGAGCAUCCUCUGUGGGCGUGGGUCAGUGGAGGAGGUUGCUCUGUGGAUAGCCACUCACAACUCAGCUGGUUUAACUGCUCCAUGAACACAUCUGUGUUGCAGUCAGUCCAGUCUUUGAGUUUGUCAGUCACCCCAGCCCAGACAGCCGCUUGGCGGAGACAAAUCUUUGAGCAGCUCAAUGAGAGGACCAAGAGAGAGCUGGAUAAUUUCAGACAUUACGAGCAAGCCAUAGAACAGUCUGUAUGGAUGAAGAAGGGAACCAUGCAGUGGUGGAGAGACUGGAAACCACACAAGUGGAUCGAUGUUCAUUUUGCCUUGGAGCAAUUCUCGGGACCAGAGGGCAACAAGGACGGCAUCCUGUUCAUUUAUUACAAUUAUUAUGCGGAGAAAAAGUACCUGCAUGCCUUCAUUAAUGAAGUGACUAUUCUGGUCCCUGUGUUAAAUGACUCCAAACACACUUUUGCCAUCUACACUCCAGAGCGUACAAAACAGAGGUGGCCGAUCAGACUGGCAGCCGCCACAGAGCUGGAAAUGCAUGACUGGCUGGCAUUGUUGAGUGUGUCAUGCUGCGACUCCAGAGGAAUCCGGGGUCCUCCCUCCAAACAGGCCAUAUGGUCCAUCACCUGUAAAGGGGACAUCUUCGUUAGUGAGCCCUCUUCUGCCCUAGAAGCCAUGCCUUACCCAAUACCUUGUGACCAGAUGUUCUGGCGGCAGGUCGGAGGCCACCUGCGUAUGGUGGAGUGUAACAGUGCUGGGAUCGUAUGGGGGAUUGGCUAUGACCACACUGCCUGGAUCUACACUGGUGGCUAUGGAGGAGGAUUUUUUCAGGGACUGGCCAGCAGCACAGACAACAUUUACACUCAGACUGAUGUCAAGAGUGUUUACAUCUACGAGAAUCAGAGGUGGAACCCCGUCACCGGCUACACCAACAGAGGUCUCCCAACAGAUCGCUACAUGUGGAGCGAUGCAUCAGGAUUACAUGAGUGCACAAAGACGAGUACAAAACCUCCCUCUCCUCAGUGGACAUGGGUGUCUGAUUGGGCUAUCGACUACAGCGUGUCUGGAGGGACAGACAGAGAAGGCUGGCAAUAUGCUGCUGAUUUUCCAGCGUCAUAUCACGGCUAUAAAACGAUUAAGGACUUUGUGCGGCGCAGGCGAUGGGCGAGGAAGUGUAAAUUGACCACUACGGGGCCAUGGCAAGAAAUCCCCCCCAUCCCACUGAGUGAUGUAACUAUCCUGCCAUGUGCAGCUCAGAGUACCGUGGACACAGUUCCUGUGUGGGCGAUCAGUAACAAGGGAGAUGUGCUCUGUCGACUGGGAGUCACCGCACUGACACCUGCAGGAUCCUCAUGGCUCCAUGUGGGGACAGACCAACCUUUUAAGUCCAUCUCCAUCGGAGCUGCCAGCCAGGUUUGGGCCAUUGCCAGGGACGGCUCUGCUUUCUACAGGGGCUCUGUCUCACCACAGAGUCCAGCAGGAGACUGUUGGUACCACAUCCCCUCUCCAGCCAAACAGAAGCUGAAGCAGGUGUCUAUUGGCAGGACAUCGGUCUGCACUGUAGAUGAAAAUGGUAACCUGUGGUACAGACAGGGUGUGACACCUAGCUAUCCUCAAGGCUCCUCUUGGGAACACAUUUCUAACAAUGUGCGUAAAGUUUCCGUAGGACCCUUGGAUCAGGUGUGGGUCAUAGCAGACAAGGUUCAGGGCACCCACAGUCUGAGCUGCGGGACAGUGUGCCAUCGACUCGGAGUCCAACCCCUGGAACCAAAGGGACAAUCAUGGGAUUAUGGCAUUGGGGGUGGAUGGGACCACAUCACAGUGAGGGGAAACUCCAUGGAGCCGCCCCGCAUCCGUCUCCCCUCUCUAACAGAGCCCUCUGGCCCGGCCCCUCACAGCCCCCUCCCAGUCAGGAACUCAGAUGUCAACGGCAGCGCUGUGGGCUGUUAGACACACAUGUGCACACAUACUGUACGAAGCCAUCCAAAACCAUACUACCUUUCUAGUGAUUUAGAGUAGUAGAGAGCAGGUUGUAGUUUUCACAUCACCUGAGCCAGUGCAACAGAGAAUUGUGACUUUGGGACAAUCUGUGUGGAAUUCUGCCAACAUAAAUGCUGAGCUGAAUCUGUUUCUUGUUGUAUGAAGACUACUGAUGUUUUUGUUUUGCUCUGGAUGGGCAUUUCAGUGUUAUGUUGUUUUGCGUAGUGCUGUUUGCCUUAUUUUAUUCAUCAAGAUGUGAAUUUUAUUUUGUGUGGUUUCUGUGUAUAAAAUUCCAUGUUUCAGGUCAAGGUAACUGUAGAAAAAAAACAUGUUUUAAAAAGUUUUUUUUUUUUAUUAUUUUGUGAAAGGGAAGCGAUAAGUGUACUUGAAUUAUAGUCAUAUACCUGCUUAGCUACCAGGUAAGAAUAAAAUUAUUUUCUGAAGCAUUAAA